CCUUCACUACUUUGGAGCCUGUGUGACCUCGAGAUAGCGAGAGAGCUUCUCUUGUAGUCCUAAUUCAGUCCUCACUGUCUCCACCAUGCCUAUCCCUUCGCCUGCGUCAUUUGACCACCUUGCGUUGGCAAUGGCGAUUCCGAUGCAGGAUAGCUUCCUAGCGCUUUCUUCGGCCGAAUCCGAAGUAGAGGCGGUUGAAGACUGCAACAAACAAGAUCACCAAUUAUUUUCAUCUAGGAACAUAAGCGACAUGACUGAGAAAACACGUCCCUUGGUAAUGGAUACUGCAGCUACAACAACUACUGCAUCGAAGUCAGAGCCAACCUUAUGGUCGGCGGUGGCUCAUGCUUUAGGCGUUGAUGCAAACGAACUCUUUCACGGCAACGAACCUUCGAGCUCAACUAUGUCUAGCUCAAGCGACUCUCAGCAACCCACUAAUAGGUCAAUGUCCUUACGACGAAGCUCUACUAGCUCUAUAUCGGUCUAUUCCCCUCCGUGUGAUAUCGCUGAAUGGAGAAAGUCGAUGAGCAACUCUAUCGAAAGCCGGCUAGCGGUAGCGGUAGCCGGCGUCUUAGGACUAGACAGUUAUACACUGCCUCGAGAUGAAUCGUUUGUGGAUCUUGGGGGCAAUCACAGGAAAGCUAGAGAGCUUCGGGCAAGCUGUAUGGAAGCGGGCUUAGCAAUCAAGACCAAGGACAUUAUGAACUGCAAAACUAUCGCAGAGCUUGAGACGUGUGUGACACCCCUCUACCUCUCUACUUACUCUGAGAACGAUGAGGCCUCUACAACGUUCAGCUUAGUCGAAAGGGGACUGUCGCAGGGUUCUCGACAUAGUUACCAAUCUCAAGUAUCAGAUUACCGUCGACCUCCAUCAAUUCCACCCAAGGCACAAGCUAGAUAUUCAUCUUUUCAAUCGUCACUUCAACAUAGACCAUCUCGGAGGCGCCAUUUAGAAGCUGAAAAGGCUUUGUUCCUCCAUAAUGAUGUCUCGAAAGCGUCUGUCCUGAAACCUAAGGCUGGCCCUUUUGAGGGCCAGCUUGUAGCGUUCGUUACACUGACAAGCUGUAUGGUAGAGAGCCCAGAUGACUGCGAAGUCACAAUGCAGAGCCCUGAAGAAUACACUGGUCGACUACCAGCGAUACGAAAGGAUGUCGAGUCACAGGUUUCGCCGAGCCAUGCCCCUAGGGUUUGGGUAGUAUUAACAACGAUGCCUUUAGACGAUGCCGGAAAGAACCAUAGGAGAAAGCUGCAAACUUGGAUCCAAAAUGCGAACGACGAACUAUGCCAACAAAUCCGGUCUAUCGAUUCGGAAGGCCUAGAGAAGCCUGCGGAGGUUGUUGAGAUGAGGCUCCAAACGACAGCGCGUGACGCGCCACAGAUCGAGCCAGUAAAUGUUGGAAUGGACUUAUCAUUCCCUGGUUUAGGUGCUGAUGAGAGCGCUGCAGCACGAUUCAUUGCCAAGUGCAGAGCUCAGGGGAUUUCACUCAAUACACGGGACGUCAUGAACGCAAACCCGUUAGUUCAAAUGGCUGCUGUGGCAGCAUCUAACCAGUUACAUGCUCGAAAGGUGUCUGAGGUCAUCGUGGAAACUUUCGAGCUCUCUCCCAUGCAGCGGCUAUAUUUUCAUACACCCAUGGGCAGCGAUAGUAAUCGACGAAGCUUUGGAGACGACGAAUAUAGAUUUAACCAAAGUAUGCUGUUCCGGUUAAAACGAAGCGUGGAUAUUGAGGAUGUCCGCGCAGCGAUAGAAGCCGUAGUCGGUCACCACUCGAUGCUUAGAUGCCGUUUUCGAUCGGAAGGAAUCUCUUGGCAUCAGUCUAUAGAGUCAGAAAUAUCAUCUUCAUACGAUUUUGCACAUCAUUCCAUCACGUCAAAUGCUGAGAUCGAAGAAGCAAUCACAGAUGCCCAAGCCAAAAUCAACAUUGAGGAUGGCCCAGUCUUUUCCAGUCACUACUUCCAGACCUCCGAUGGUAGCCAGCUACUAUAUUUGCUCGCCCAUCAUCUCGUUGUUGAUCUUGAGUCUUGGCGUGUCGUGGCAGAUGACCUGGAAGGACUAUUGGUCAAUGGCUGUCUUGUAUCAGGACCAUCACUCUCAUUCAAAGAAUGGACGCUCCGCCAUAGAAAUCGCGUUCACCAUAUGGCUUCAAUUGGCUAUACGCCUUCCGACAUCCCAGCAGGGAACUCUGAGUACUGGGGAGUUGAUGAGACGUCUAACACAUACGGCAAUACGAUAGCCACUGGUUUCACACUCAACGCAGUUAUUACUUCAGCGCUGGAGGCUGGCUGUAGGGUUUUGAAGACUGAUCCCGCGGACCUUUAUGUGGCUGCGCUUAUGCUUUCUUUUGCGCAGACUUUCUACGACCGAGGUCUGCCUCCCCUAUGGAAUCAGGGAUUCGAACGGACUACACUGGACGCGGAGCAGAAUGUAUUAAAUACGGUGGGAUGGUUUACCGAGCUCCGCUUCUUGGCUAUAGACGCUUCGCCAAUGGAUGAUAUCGUAGCCAUUAUCAAUCGGGUGAAGGAAUCUCGUCGUGCUGCAUCCGAGAACGGCGACCUGGACUUUUCUGCCAAUUUGAUAGACGCCACUUCUGCGCUCUCGUUUAUCACUUCUCAUUUUCCUCUCGAGCUUAUGUUUACCUAUGCUGGAACUAUGCAGAAUGCGAGAAAUCAGCGUGCCAUCCUAGAGGAAAUCCCCGUGCCAGGCAGGACACUAUACUCUGGUACUUCAGAUAUUGGGCGCGAUGUCGGGCGGAUUGCCAUUAUUGAAGCAUCGGUACUGGUUGACCAAGGCGAAAGCAAGGUCAAGGUCCUUUAUCCUAGGAAUUCUACACGACAGGAACAGAUUCGUGUUUGGAUACGUGCUUAUGAGGAGAUUCUACGCCAGGCCGUCAAUAGAUUACAACAUGAAUCUCCCGGGCUGUCUUUAUCGGAUGUUCCUUAUAUGGAUGUUUCUGAUGAUGGACUUGACCGGUUGAACAGAGAGGUCUUGCCGAGCCUCAAUCUCAACCCAUCUAAUGUUGAGACCAUAUAUCCCGCGACGGCAACACAGCAGAAUUUCCUAAUCAACUAUUCGCUGAUACCAGGGAGCUCUCACGCACAAAUGGUAUACGAGCUCGACACAUCUGAUGGCCCUGUUGAUAUCUCUCGUAUCUGUGCUAUUUGGCUUCAUGUAUCGCAGAAAUACCCAGCCUUGAGGACUGUCUUCUCUCCAAGCGUGUCAAAAACCGGCUUAUACGACCAGAUAAUCCUCCGUUCACACUCACCUGAGAUGCUCUUCUUGGAGAGCGAUAGCGUGGAGGACGCCAUGGUGACUACAAAUAAUGUUCCUCCUCUACUGCUGAAUGAAGGCACCCCAUGGCAUAGACUCGUUGUUUGUCAGGUGGCUGGCAAGACUCUGCUUAAACUAGAAGCUUGCCAAGCCGUUUGCGAUAUUGGCAGUAUGGAGAUUCUGUUCAGGGAGAUUGAAUUAGGAUAUUUCUAUAAUCAAGCCCCCGAAAUAAGUAAUUUAUCGUAUCCUGAGUACGUGCAAUGCCUCAAGACGACUGCUUGUAGCAUUGAAUUUUGGAGGGAGCAUUUAUCCGGUGUUCGUCCAUGCAAAUUUCCCACGCUCCUCUCAGGGUCAUCGCCUCAGAGCGAGUGGAAGACUACGUCAGUUGACCUCGGGAUUCCGUAUGAGAAUCUCAGCGCUCUCGCCAUUGGCUAUGAGGUCGAUAUAUCCACUAUAUUCCGAGUGGCCUGGGGGUUGUUGCUUCGAACCUAUGUCGGAACAGACACUGUUUGCUUCGGUGUCGUAGUCUCUGGUAGAGAUCUACCUGUAGAAGGCCUAAACAGUGCUAUUGGGUCAUUUUCGACUAUAUUAACGUCCAAGCUUAAUGUUUCUUCCAACGUAUCCAUUGCGCAGCUGCUAUUCGACUCUGAGGAGGAGCGCAGGAAAGUGCUUCACCACCAACAUGUGCCAGUGUCAAGAAUCGAACACGAACUCAGAAUGAAGGGAGAAAAACUGUUCAAUACCUAUCUCUCGUUCGGGUAUGAAUACAUUUCGGACGACUUGCCUGGAGACUCUAUGCGUCGUCACGUCAAGACCGAGCAAGCCUCCGAAUAUGAUAUCAACAUGGACAUUUGCUUCCACCAAGGCACUGUCAAAGUCAACGUUGGCUACCGUAUCCUCACUGCCGGACAAGCAAUCACUGUUGCCCGUGCCUUUGGAAGAGCUAUUGACUCUAUCUUGGAAUCCCCCUCAAGCGCCGCUAAGGAAGCAGAUUUGUUCAGCAUGCGCGACCAUAAGCAAAUAUUGACUUGGAACAGCACGGCGCAAGUCGAGGUAUCCAGGGAGAAUAUCCCUCAAUUGGUAGAGAGCCAAGCAUUACUAAACCCAGAUAUUCAAGCUAUCUGUGCAUGGGACGGUGAUUUAUCUUACGGCGAUCUACAAAGGUACUCUAUAGUACUUGCUAAGCAUCUUAUGGCCUCUGGUGUGAAGCCUCGAAUGCCUGUGCCUGUGAUUCUCAACAAGAGCCGAUGGGCAGUCGUAGCAAUGCUAGCAGUACUUCAUGCUGGGGCAAUCAUGGUUCCCGUUGACGCUGAAGUCACUUCGAUGUUUGCAUGGGUUAUCAAGACAGUCAAUGCUGAUAUUGUGUUGGCAUCCGACGAUAUUCGGAAACACGUAGAUGGCUUCGCUAGAAAGGUUAUCGUGGUGAACGAACUUUCGGUUUCGGCCAUGUCGGCGCAAGACGUCGACAUUACUCCUCCUCAGCCCGCACCCUACGAGAUAGCCUGUAUUCUCUUCAGCUCUGAAGCUUCGAAGAGCCCUCAGGGAAUUUCAUAUAGCCAUGGCGCUCUUUCCACGGCAUGCUCCAGACAAGGCCCCACGCUACUAAUUAACCCAUCGAGCAGAGUCAUGCAGAUCUCGUCAUAUAGCGUUGAUAUCGCGCUUUCGGAAAUAUUUACCACUUUAAUCAACGGCGGAUGUAUAUGUGUGCCUUUGGCCUCGGAGAAGAUUUCUGGAUUUGCCAGAGCUGUCAGGCGUAUGCGCGUCAACUGGACAUAUUUAACGCCAACAUUAUCUCGAAAGCUUGACCCGGAUAGCCUCCCGGACAUCGCUGUUGUCUGCUUCCGCGCUCGGCAUCUCGACGGAGAUGCAUAUGCACCAUGGGCCGGUAAGGCUAAGGUGUUGCUCGUCUAUGGGUUUCCCGAGGCUUGUCCAUUAGGGCUCUCUGCCACCGAAGUCGACCAUUCAAAGACUUCACAAUGCUUCCCAGAGCCGUUUUGCGGAAACUUCUGGGUCGUAAGUCCCGAGGAUAAUAACCGACUCAUGCCAGUUGGUGCCAUCGGUGAACUCGUGAUAGGAGGACCGACGCUCUCGAGUGGGUUCGAUAUCACGGGCACUAACAUGAAGGCCUGGAUCGGGAAGAGUGUCGUUCGUGCGAGAUCACUGCUUGAAAAAUCAGGAAGUCGACUGUUAAAGACGGGACACUGUGUCCGUUACCACGAGGAUGGAGAGAUUGAAUUUGUCUCGGACGAUAGUGGAGAGACAGAAAUCAACGGGAAACAAUUUCGUCUUUCGGAUGUUGAGCCAAAGCUGAGGCAGUGUCUUGGUCGAGGCGUCGACGUAGUCGUAGAGACCAUCGCCUUCAAUGACCCUAACUCAGCCCCGAUACUUGCUGCUUUUGUAGAGCUUGGGGAGACUUCGUUUCAGGGGAACGAAGAUUUAUCUAGGCUCAGCCGCAUUACUAGAGAGAGGCUAUAUCUGUCUAAGAAAAUGGCGGAUAUGGUCCUUCGGGAAACCCUGCCAAGUCACAUGGUUCCCUCGGCUUACAUACCUAUCAAACGGAUGCCGCUCACUCCUACAUUGGAAGUCAAUCGACUAGAGCUUCAGAGAAUGAUCGCCGGCUUAUCCAGGGGUCGGCUUCUUGGACUCGCAGAAGUCUCCAACCCCCAAGAGGUUCAGGAUACCAGUUUCAAGCCACUUCCUCUAACCCAGGUGGAGCAGCAGAUGCGAGCUAUUUGGGCCCACGUUCUGGGUAUCAAGGAAGACUCAAUUGUAGUUAGUGACGGGUUCUUGAACUUGGGCGGCAACGUUGUCUUAGCACAGGACUUGAUCAUUGAAUGUCGACAACGAGGCAUCAGCAUCUCUAUUAUUGACGUACUCCAAGAUGUGUCUCUGACUGAUCUCUGCAAACGGAUCGCCACCAUGGAGCCCUCUUCAAUAACUAUCCGAGAUGCUGGGACUAUGCGCGGAUACCCGACAAACGCUUUUGUCGAGCAAUCGAUCGCACCGCGGCUCGGAUCUGACAGAAGCCUUAUUGAAGACGUGGCUGAAGCAACGUUCCUUCAAACAACAUUUAUCGAGUCCGGGAUGCUCCAAAGCCGUGGAAACAUCAACUACUUCACCUUUAACAUCACUGGGUCGCUAGAUUGGCAAAAACUCGAGAGCGCUUGCGUCAUGCUAACCAAAACCCAUCCCACAUUACGGACUGCGUUUGUAAGUUCCAGUUGCCAACUGUACCAGACAGUCCUUCGAUCGUACCGGCCGGAAUUUCUGAGAUAUCAGUGUCAGAGCUGGAGACUCGGAAAAUUGACUGCGAAGAUUAUCAAAAGAGAGCAAGCCCAGCCGGUCGAUUUCCGCCAGCCGAUCACCAAGUUUCAUUAUCUCGACGCUGGAAAGAGUUCCGUGCUUAUCAUGCGUAUUUCCAGAGCACAGUAUGAUGAUGUUUCGAUGCGCAUGAUAAUACAAGACCUCGGCCGCUUCUAUAGUUGUAGAGACCAACUCAUACGGCGUCCUGGCUUCUGUGAAGUGGUUAGAGCUGCCCAGUUUACGUGCAUGAACGGCGCUACUGAGUAUUGGCGCAGCCUUCUCGAUGGCGCGGUGAUGACGAGGGUUGUAUCCCAGCCCUCGCCUAACACGGCAAGUAUGAGUUUAAAGCCUCUUCACCGACAGAUUCCCACUGGGUCACUACAGAAUCUAGGCAUUCCAUUCGAUGCCAUCCUUAAAGGCGCGUGGUCUAUCGUUCUUUCGAACUUGUCUGGUACAGAUGAUGUAGUGUUCGGGCAGCUUAUUGAAGGGAAGGAUCUAAGCCUUCCGGGCGGCCAAGCUAUCUCUCAAGUUGUCGGCCCCAUGGGUAAUAUCAUACCCGUGCGGACGAGAUUGCCGGAGGUUCGGGUAACGCCCUAUGAAUACUUCAGAUCCAUCCAAAGCCAAAAUGUGGCCAGCAUUCCACACGAGAACAUGCAGACUUCCGACAUUGUACAAAAAUGCACGACCUGGCCAUCCUGGACGCGAUUCAGCACAGUCGUUUGCCAUCAGAACCAGGCCGAAGACUACAAGUCCUUCAGCUUCACCAUCGAGAACGCCAGCUGCAAGAUCAACUGUGUGGAGUCGAACCAGCAGGAAUCUGACAUGUUUGUCAAAUCGAGCAUGUCGGGGCCUACUAACAUCGACAUAUCCCUCACGUUCUGCGAGAAGCGGAUCCCGGUAUCGUUCGCGGACGAGGUCCUGAAGAUGCUCUCCUCUAUCAUUUCCCUACUCACCUCAACAUUCGUCAUAGAGCCCAUGAUGUUAAGAGGCCUCAACGACGCCUACUCCACUCCGCGGAUCCCGCUAUCAGCGCCAAAGCGCCAGCUCCCGAUUUCGUCGUCGACCGUUGUGGAGUCCGUCGACCCCGACCACGCCCACACUGUGCACACCAUGAUAUCCACGGCCUGGGACACGAUCCUCGACGCGCGCUCUCUUAAAACUCCAGAUAUCCGCUCGGUACCGUUCUACGAGACCUGCGGGACGCUUUUGCCGGCAGCCGAGCUGGCCGCGUACUACACGGAGAAGAUGCCCGCGUUCCCGGAUCAUAUGACGGAGUCUACUUUUACCCCCUUCACGAUGGAGGAGAUCAUCGAGAACCCGACGAUGAUGACGCAGUACGAGCUGAUCAUUGCGAAAACGCAACGGCGCGCGGGUAAUAAUAAAGGGGCGACGGCGGUGACGACGAUGACGAGAUCGCAGGGCUGGGGCGUGGGGAGGCGUAGCCACGUCAAACCAACAAUAAAUGCCGGGUCGAGCACUGGCAGAAACAGUGGUAGCGGCAGUCGCCCAGCAUGGCGUAAAGAUCAUAAACACAUCGGCAGUAAUGGUAGCGCAAGCUCGAUGGAGUCGAUGACGAUGGGGAGUAGUAGUAGUCAGAGCGAGGGGGAUGGGGAGGUUGGUAAUGGGAAGGAAGGUACUGGUGGUGGCGGUGUUACUUUAUUAAUAGGGAGGGCGAAUGCGAAAAAGGGGCCCUCAAGACUGGGGCUGGGGAUGGGGAGGGUGAUGCCUGCUGCUUAGGUUAGGCUUGACGGUACUUUCUUUUCUUUUUCGUAUAUAUACUUAGGGGCUUUUCCUUAAUGUUUUUAUUAUAUUUACGAUGGCCAAGACUGUCAUACUGUAUAUAGGUACCUAUAUAUCUAGGUUAUUUAUUACCUAGUAGAUUGGAUGGUUGUUUUCUUUUUUGGGCGGGAGUUUCGAUUUUGGGCGGGUUGGGUCAAUCAUUAAAAUAGGGGGCGGUCUUUUUUUCUUUGCGUAAGGGUUGCUUUAUAAAGGGUUACUCACCUACAUACCUACCUAUCUUACCAAUGUACAUAAUAGAGAACGAUAUAUAGUACCUGUACAAUCACUUAACCACCUACCUUACUCGGUUUGAUACC